AGAUACUGCCAUUUGCAACAACAAGGAAUGAACCUGGAGGAUAUUAUGCUAAGUGAUAUGAGCUAGAUACAGAGGAAAAAAGAUUGCAUGAUUUCACUUAUAUGAAGAAUCUUUACAAAGUCAAAUACAUAGAAACAGAGAGUAGAAUGGUGGUUACCAAAAGUAGGAGGGGGAGAAAAUGGAAAAAAGUGCUUUAAAGAGUCCAAAUUUGCAGUUAGAUAGGAUGAAUAAGUCUAAAGAUCUAAUAGACAGCAAGAGGACUAUAGUUAAUAUACUAUACUGAAAAUUUGCUAAAAGAGUAGAUUUUAGGUGCUUAUACCACAAAAAAAGAAGGUAAUUAUAGAAUUGAUGAAUAAUAAAAUUUAACUGUAGUAAUCAUUCCACUGUUUAUGUCUACCAAUGUUGUAUACCUUAAAUAUGUACAAUGGAAAUAAAUAACUGUACUAGUCAUUUAGAAUACCACAAUGAUAUCUUUACAGAAUAUGCCUUUGUACAAGCAUUGCCAUUAAUGAUCCAGAAAUGUGUGUAUCAUUUGAGUGAUACAUAGAGCCUCAUGACCACUAAAUGUCAUCUUCUGUUCAGGUCUGCACAACUGUGUUUGUUCUGUGCUGUAGGUCUGUUGAAUGAUUUCCCUACCUCCCAUUCACCACUGAAGCACAUGCCUGUUGUUCUGCCUAUAGUUCCCCUUCCUUGCUGUGGAAUAUUUCAUUCCAUUAUUUCUGACAUAGACCAAAAAAGCAAUAGAAACAGUUGUGUCUGGAGGCGAGUGGGAGGUGGAGAAGCCAUAGUUUCUGAGCUCUUACCCACUUAAUUCUCUGAGAUUGACUCUUUCCUCAGUUACACUGAGUAAGUUUCAGCUCUUCAGUGACAGAGAGGGGAGAAACCCUAGCUUUUAUUUCUUCUCUUGAGAAUGUACAGCCUUGUUAUUUUGUGAACAGUGUGGUGUAGAUUCAGACUGAUGAAUGUUUUUAGGAUUUAUUUUAUUUUGCUAAAACUGGUCACAAGGCAGCUCAGGUGUAAGUGAUAAUAUACUGCAGCGGGCAUCAGAAGAUCUCAGUUCAAAUCCCAGCCUGCCAUUUAUGAGCUGUGGGACACUGAAUAGGUCAUCUCUUCUCCUAGAGUCUCCCUUUCCCCAUUUGAAAAAUAUGAAAUAAUAUUCUCAGCUGUCCAGUGUUUUUCAGGGGGGUUAAUGGAAAAAGGUGUGUAUGUUUACUUAAUUGAUAACCGGUUUAGCCGUUUAAGAUGAAUGAGUUUGUUAGCUGCGCUAUGUUUAGGCAGCUGUAAUGUUAGUACUACACUAAAAUAUUUCAAAAGGAUCUCGUUUUCAAGGAAAAUGAUCCCAGUGCUUGAGAAAGCAUUAUAGUGUUGCAGUCUUCCUGAUCCUUAGCUCAGCUAAGUCCGAGUUGCUAUCUCAUGCAGGAAGAAUUAGCACACAGACACCAGAGAGUGAGUAGAGUAGAAUUUAUUAAGUGAAAGAAAAACUCUCAGCAAAGAGAGAGGCCCUGAAAGCAGGUUGCGGAUUGCCAAUUCACAGUUGAAUACCAGGAUUUUUAUAGAAAAGCUGAUGAGGCUGGGAUCCUUAUUUGCAUAAGGCGUGAAUUCCUGGUGUUUCCACCCCUUCCUUCCAUUGCGCAUGUGGACUCAGUGUAAGCCACUCCAUAUUGAUUUAAUUCCCUUACUGCACAUGUGUUAAAGGUAGGAAUUUUUCACUGCGGGCAUAUUUAGGCAAGCUCCCUGUGCAAGUUCUCUUAUCUGCACAAAACAUCUAGUUGAGCCAAUGUUCAUUCAGAAGAGAGAUUAAAGUGCUUUUUGCUGACUAGUCACAGUCAGAGUUAGAAUCACAGGUGGAUUAACAGGGAGUGUUAUAAAAACCUUGAUGUGAAAGCCUACAGUUUUCUUACUAAGAAGAGAAGCCUUCAAUGGAUCCAGCUGUGGCUCUGGUGCUCUGUCUCUCCUGUUUGUUUCUCCUUUCACUCUGGAGACAGAGCUCUGGAAGAGGGAGGCUCCCGUCUGGCCCCACUCCUCUCCCAAUUAUUGGAAAUAUCCUGCAGUUAGAUGUUAAGGACAUGAGCAAAUCCUUAACCAAUUUCUCGAAAGUCUAUGGCCCUGUGUUCACUGUGUAUUUUGGCCUGAAACCCAUUGUGGUGUUGCAUGGAUAUGAAGCAGUGAAGGAGGCCCUGAUUGAUCAUGGAGAGAAGUUUUCUGGAAGAGGAAGUUUUCCAGUGGCUGAAAAAGUUAAUAAAGGACUCGGAAUCCUUUUCAGCAAUGGAAAAAGAUGGAAGGAGAUCCGGCGUUUCUCCCUCAUGACUCUGCGGAAUUUUGGGAUGGGGAAAAGGAGCAUUGAGGACCGUGUUCAAGAGGAAGCCCUUUGCCUUGUGGAGGAGUUGAGAAAAACCAAUGCCUCACCCUGUGAUCCCACUUUCAUCCUGGGCUGUGCUCCCUGCAAUGUGAUCUGCUCUGUUAUUUUCCAUAAUCGAUUUGAUUAUAAAGAUCAGAGAUUUCUUAACUUGAUGGAAAAAUUCAAUGAAAACCUCAGGAUUCUGAGCUCCCCAUGGAUCCAGGUCUGCAAUAAUUUCCCAGCUCUCAUCGAUUAUCUCCCAGGAAGUCAUAACAAAGUAGUUAAAAAUUUUGCUUAUGUUAAAAGUUAUGUUUUGGAAAGAAUAAAAGAACAUCAAGAAUCCCUGGACAUGGACAAUCCUCGGGACUUUAUUGAUUGUUUCCUGAUCAAAAUGGAACAGGAAAAGCACAAUCUACAGUCUGAAUUUACUAUUGAAAGCUUGAUAGCCACUGUAACUGAUAUGUUUGGAGCUGGAACAGAGACAACAAGCACCACCCUAAGAUUUGGACUUCUGCUCCUGCUGAAGUACCCAGAGAUCACAGCUAAAGUCCAGGAAGAGAUUGAAUGUGUGGUUGGCAGAAACCGGAGCCCCUGCAUGCAGGACAGGAGUCACAUGCCCUACACAGAUGCUGUGGUACAUGAGAUCCAGAGAUACAUUGACCUCAUCCCCACCAACCUGCCCCAUGCAGUGACCUGUGAUGUUAAGUUCAGAAACUACCUCAUCCCCAAGGGCACGACCAUAAUAACAUCACUGACUUCUGUGCUGCACAAUGACAAAGAAUUCCCCAACCCAGAGAUGUUUGACCCUGGCCACUUUCUGGAUAGGAGUGGCAACUUUAAGAAAAGUGACUACUUCAUGCCUUUCUCAGCAGGGUCAACAAAUCUCACGAAACCCUGAGAAUAUGGAAGAAUAGUCUGCGAUUAUUCCAGAGUACCUUGAUCUCCCUCCACUCAUGAUCAUACAUCUUGGAUAUUCAAUCUCUACAGCUGAAGUGUGUGGUGAGUCUGUGGACAUAGAAUUCCCUUCAUUUUUUUCUCUGGCUUUUGAUCUCUGCUUUGGAUCUGGCACUGUAUACACUAAUAAUGUCAAGAACUGAGACCUUUUAAGGAUCUCGCGUUUUAGCAGGAUAGAAAAACAAAUACACAGAUAAUAGAAUUCCAGGUGAUUCAUGCUCCAGUGGAAGCAUGAAUAUGAUGAGGAAACCUGGAGAGGGUGUUUCUAUUGACUAGGGAUCACAGAAAUCAAAAAGAGGAAAUGACAUGGGACAUAAAUUCUGAAGGAAGCGUAAGAGUAGAGCUUUUUAGACAGAUAGGACAGCAAGAGAUAAGAUGAAACUUUGUGGUGUGUUGGAGAUUGAUGAAGAAUGGAUAUGCCUAGAGCUGAGAGUGGAGGAGAUGAAGAAUGGAAGAUGUGAUAUAGAAUGUCAGCCUGGAAACAGAAUGUGAAGAGUCAGGUCAAGCCAUUUGGCCCUUAUCCCAUGGGACAGAUGGGUGUCAUUUAAAGUUGUAAAGUGAGAGAGUGACAUGUUUAGACAUGUACUUUUGAAAGUAUACUAGGAAAAAAUAUUUGGCUAAAUAUUGUGCCAGAAGUACAAAGGGGAACACAGUAUAUGAGCCUUCUCCUUUCAACCCUUCUUCCUUGUGAGUGCAUUUCUAGAAAAAGACUGAUGGAAACUAGUAGUGUCAAAAGAGCAGUUAUAAUGUGGGAAUACUUAGUGAAGUACAUGGCAUAGAGCUGAUACUCUAUAAAUAUUUGUUGAGUGAAGGGUACUUAGUAACAUAAGAUAUUAAGUAGAUAGGAAAUGUAUCCAUUUUUCUUUCUGUGUAUCCAACCUUCCUUCCAGCCAUUCUGCCUUUGAUCCAUCCAUCUAUUUAAUCAUUUAUCAAAUAGUUACUGCAUACUUUUUGUGACUGUUCGUGACCUAAUGUUCAGGGAACAAAUCGUCUAUGUCUGUUAU